AUGAAUUUAAACAUCAUCGCCAAAUUCGUUCUUUUGCAGCAGUUACAACAAUCCCUGAACUUUAACGUUGCCUUUAUUAGCUUCUUAACAACAAAAAUCUAUCUGCCGCUACAUGAGAUGAUCACUUAUGGGUUUUCAAUGCAAGAAGCUUUUAGUAAGCACAAGCAAACAAAAGGCCACUGCUUUAUUAUGUAA